GCCUGCUGCAUUUCCUUCUAGGAUAACUCCAAUCUGUACAUGGUGAUGGAAUACAUCCCGGGCGGGGAGAUGUUCUCCCACCUAAGGCGGAUCGGGAGGUUCAGUGAACCUCACGCCCGGUUCUAUGCUGCUCAGAUCAUCCUGAUCUUUGAGUAUCUGCACUCGCUGGAUGUCAUCUACCGAAACCUGAAGCCAGAGAAUCUCCUGAUUGACCAGCAGGGCUACAUCAAGGUGACGGAUUUUGGUUUUGCCAAGCGGGUGAGAGACCGAACCUGGACUCUGUGUGGGACCCCGGAAUACCUGGCCCCCGAGAUCAUCCUCAGCAAGGGUUAUAACAAGGCUGUGGACUGGUGGGCCCUCGGCGUCCUCAUCUACGAGAUGGCAGCUGGUUACCCCCCAUUCUUCGCAAACCAGCCCAUUCGGAUCUAUGAGAAAAUCGUCUCUGGCAAGGUCCGGUUCCCGGGUCAUUUCAGCUUGGAGCUGAAGGACCUGCUCCGGAACCUGCUGCAGGUGGACCUCACUAGACGCUUUGGCAACCUCAAGAACGGGGUCAAUGACAUCAAACACCACAAGUGGUUUGCUACUACUGACUGGAUCUCCAUCUACCAGAGGAAGGUAGGAGGGCGAGGGCGGCGGGCAGAGGAGAGCCUGGAUAACUUCCACAUGCAUGUAGUCUCCAUCAGCAGGAAUUGAACCUGGGAUCAUCAGUGCCCAGGCCUCUAGGAGCACAUUGGUUACUGUGACUCUGUAGCAGGGUGUUGUGGCUGGGUCCCACCACUAGGGGGAGAUAUUAUGC